CGAGAAAAGCCGACAAAACCCGUUCUCUCACUAGGGAAACCUUGUUUAUUGCCGCUGCCCUCAUACAGUGUUAGCGGCGCAGUUUUCCACCUAAAGAAGACGGAUCGGAUUUUCAGUACCAACUAGAAAGUCCAGUUCGACCGACCGAGAUGUCACAGGAGCAUGACAAUAAGCGUGCGGUCCUGGUUCUCCAGAACGAGCUGGGUUAUGGCGGGCAGCGUCGCUCCUACACCACAGAAGAUGAAGCCUGGAAAUCCUUUCUGGAGAACCCGCUGACGGCCGCCACCAAGGCCAUGAUGAGCAUCAACGGAGACGAGGACAGCGCCGCAGCUCUGGGCCUGCUCUACGACUACUAUAAGGUGCCCAGGGAGAAGAGAACAAUAACCCAGAGCAAGCCAGAAGCCCUGGUCUGUGAUGUGGAUCCUAACAAAAGACACCAGAUCCAGGCCGGACACUCCAUAGCGCCACAUCACGAAGGGGGGAUGGAGAACAGGAUCCAGGUGCUCAAGGGGCCCUUUAAUAUUCUCCAGCUGGCCCCGGACAAGAGAUCCCAGUUCCCCUCCCCAGACACAACCGUCACGGUUUCUGUCGCUAUGCCGAACUACCCGUCCGUCAAGACAGAGGUGCCCUCCCACGGCUUCUCGGUGACCGUGCCAAACAACUGUGCCGAAACCGACGUCUUUGACCGCCAGCUCAACCACAACACGGUACAGUUCAGCCCCAGCACCCAGUCCCGCACGCCCCCCGACUCCACCUACUCCGAGAGUUACAAGGAUGGUUCCCAGGAGGUGUUUUCCUUCCCAGGGGAUCUCCAGUUACGCAUGUCCUCCAUGGCGCCUGAGGACUACACUCAGUUUAACACCGUGCCGGGGAACAACUUCGAAUACACCCUUGAGGCGUCCAAGUCUCUGCGUCAGAAGACAGGAGACGGGACGAUGACGUACCUCAACAAGGGCCAGUUUUACCCCAUCACCCUCAGGGAGGUUAACAACAAAGGAAUGCGGCAACCCAUCACCAAAGUCAGGAGUGUAGUGAUGGUGGUGUUUGGAGAGGAGAAGUGCAGAGAUGAUCAGCUGAAGCACUGGAAGUACUGGCACUCCAGACAGCACACUGCCAAACAGAGGUGUCUAGACAUUGCUGACUACAAGGAGAGCUUCAACACCAUUGGCAACAUCGAGGAGAUUUCCUACAACGCCAUUUCCUUCACCUGGGACACCAACGAGGAGGCCAAAAUCUUCAUCUCCGUCAACUGUCUGAGUACCGACUUCUCCUCCCAGAAGGGCGUGAAGGGUCUUCCUCUGAACAUCCAGAUUGACACCUACAGCUACAACAACCGCAGCAACAAGCCCAUCCACCGCGCCUUCUGCCAGAUCAAAGUCUUCUGUGACAAGGGGGCCGAGAGGAAGAUCCGAGACGAGGAGAGGAAGCAGUCCCGCCGGAAAGGGAAGGUCCCAGAUCUCAACCCCAGCCUGGCCUUUGCGGAUGUCAAAGGUCCCAUCCUCCAGAAACGCAACGAUAUGACCAUCUUCAAGAUGCUGAACGACCACGAGACGCAGCCUGUCCUCUUCAUCCCUGACGUUCACUUCUCCACCUUCCAGCGCCAUCCUUACCCAACAGAAGAUGGAGAGGACAGCUCGGGCAUGAAGAGAUUACCCUUCAGUGAUGAAGAGUUCGGUGCACCCCCAAACAAGAUGGCGAGAGGAGAGGAACCAAAGAAAGUCCUGCUGUACGUGCGCAGGGAAACAGAGGAGGUGUUUGAUGCCCUCAUGCUGAAGAAUCCCACGCUGAAAGGCCUGGUGGAAGCUAUUUCAGAGAAGUAUGAAUUACCUUUGGAUAAGGUUGGGAAAGUCUACAAGAAGUGCAAGAAAGGGAUCCUAGUGCACAUGGAUGACAACAUCAUCCAACACUACUCCAACGAAGACACCUUCCAGAUCACCAUGGAGGAGAUGGGCGACAUGUGCAAACUCACCCUCACUGAGAUCUGAUUGGACGAUGCCAGCAAUAGAGGACCAAUGAAAUGGAGCUGUCAGAAGAAGUGGUUUACACAUCUUGCUACGCAGUGAUUAUGGACUUGAUCUGACACUUAAAUCAUAUUGUCUUUGUGCUGCAUUAAUUUCAAAAGUCAGGUAUUUAAAAAAAGCCACAGCUCUUCAUGGAUCGCAAUGUUGAUUAGGUGUGUAAGUUAUACAUUUUUGAUUCAUUUUAAACCUUUCUCUGUGUAUACGACUCAACAAGUGAGUCCAGGUUUUAUUGUAUACACAUUUAUUUUGUAUUCAGUAAGUUGCACCUCACAGAGUUGUGCCUAAUUUUGUAAAUGUUUGUGCAGAGCAUUUGUGUGUGGCUGCUAUACCUCAUGCUAUGCAAGCAGCAGUGUUUCUUUUUAUGAAGAGAAACGACUCGUCUUUCCCUUCCUAAAGCCAUAGCACUGAUGAUUACAAUCCGUAAAGUUGGGUAUUUUGCGCACAAAAUGAAGACGGCAAAUUGUUGAUAGAGCCCCCAGUGGUUCAGUGUAUUAAUACUAAACAACAUGGCAGUAUUCGUUGUGUAAAACUCUCUUCAACCGUCAUGCAAUUAGGGUAGAAUAUUGUAAAUGAUUGUGAUUAUUUCUUUAGUGUAGGAGACAUGUUUGUGAAUGAAAUUAUGAUUGAUUUUUAAUCAGGUCGAUAUAAAAAUGGCCUCUAUGUGAGUAUUAAAUAGUCAUUAAAUACAUGAAUAACAAUGCUAAAAAGCGUCCCUGUAGAGUAGGUUUCUGAAGGUUGAUGAAAUAGGUCAAUCAAUGUGUAGUGCAGUCAGGCUGUUCUGGAAGUGCAAUAUGAUAUUAAGGGUCAGACACAUUCGCAAAGAGAAUCUCCUCUAUUGCCAAAAAGAAAUUCAUAUCAUCUGGUUUAAAAAAAGGAAAUAUUUUUGUAUAUAGCCACUGAAAAAACUGAUCGAUAUGGUCUCUCCUUUUGUAUCUCAGUACUUAUUGUGUAUAUAUUUAUUAUUAAGAGAAUGGAUGUGGGUCCUUGUUUUUUUUAAUAUCCAAAUUUCUAUUAUACCUAUUAAUAUAAUGUUUAUUUGCUUUUUAUAUGAAGUUAUAUUAACAUUACAUGUCAAGGGACAAAAAGAUAUUAACAUGUUUUUAAUUGUUGUUGUUUUUUGUAAAGGAUUUGAUGCACAAACCGCCCAAUAAAGGCUCUCCAGUAGCUUC